GUUUGCAUCUGCUGCUCGGCCUGGCCCCUGGCUCCUUCGCUGAGUGCUUGUUGGUGUCCUGCGAGGGGUGUCCUUGCCAGGAGGCAGAGGGGCAGGGGUGCUGCAGGUGGCCCAGGAGGUGGCUCGUCCUCCAAAGGAAAGGCUGGAGGGAGGUGUGUCUAGGAUGAGUGUGUUUGGAAGGCAUUGUGGAGCUUGGAAAUACAGCAAAAAAACAAAGGAAGGUCCUCCAGGAGUGUUCUGGGCGUUAUUUCUGGGCUGUCUGUGUCAUGUCAAAGCAUUGGGGUGCUGUUGGGCAUCCCCAAGCUCUCCCAGCCAUCAUUUGAACCCCUGCCAUCAUUUCAGGGCCUGAGGAAAACAAGGCGACUUCUUCAGCCCCCCAGGAAGCCCAAUGUCACUUUGCAGAGAGGGCUCGCUUUUUAUUUUAGCGUUGCCUUCCUAACGCUGCCAGUUCUGUGCAGCGUAAACACAGCAGUUUGGCCCCGGCAUGCUUUAAAAAAUGUAACACGUAUCGACGUGGAUGUGUUUCAGAUUGCCGGGCAAAAUACAUCAGCGGUCGCCUCGCCUUGUUUCUGAAAAUUUGUUUUUUCUUCUUCCUUGUAACUCCCCUGGGACAGGGCCGACUGAAACGCAGUUGUUCAGGAAUUAAACUUCAAGGUGUUGCUCUUGGAGUGGCUGAGCUGGCAGACAACUGCAGGCAUCUGCGAAAUUACCCGACGUGUACCGCCGUUCCCUCCGCUGUCAUUUGCAUGAACUUGGAAUACGAAUUCCUAGACCACUGGGACACGGACCAAGCAGAUUCAUCCCAGAGAAGGAGACCAUUCAAGUGGGAAACGAAGACGCCAUGAUGCACACGCUGUUCACAGAGUCUUUCGCCACGCUGGGCCGACUGGACAACGUUACCUUGGUGAUGGUUUUCCACCCGCAGUACCUCGAAAGCUUUCUGAAAACUCAGCACUAUCUGCUGCAGAUGGAUGGUCCGCUCCCUCUUCAUUACCGGCACUACAUCGGGAUAAUGGCUGCAGCAAGACAUCAGUGCUCUUACCUUGUUAACCUCCAUGUGAAUGACUUCCUUCACGUCGGUGGAGACCCUAAAUGGUUGAAUGGGCUGGAAAAUGCACCUCAAAAACUGCAAAAUUUGGGAGAACUGAACAAAAUGUUGGCUCACCGACCCUGGCUUAUCACCAAGGAGCAUAUCGAGCAACUUCUGAAGACUGAAGAGAACAGCUGGUCCCUGGCGGAGCUGAUCCACGCGGUGGUUCUCCUCACACACUACCACUCCCUGGCUUCCUUCACCUUUGGCUGUGGAAUCAGCCCGGAGAUCGAUUGCGAAGGGGGUCACACCUUCAGGCCACCUUCCGUCAGCAACUACUGCAUCUGCGACAUGACAAAUGGGUAUCACGGGGUGGAUGACAUUCACGCCAGCCCAACUACUACAGAGUCCGUCUGUGAAGUUGAGGCUCUCAUGGAGAAAAUGAAGCAGCUGCAGGAGUGCAGAGAUGAAGAGGAAGCCAGCCAAGAAGAGAUGGCCACCCGUUUUGAAAGAGAGAAGAGGGAAAGCAUGUUUGUGUGUUCUUCAGAAGAUGAAGAAUCAGCACCCACAAGAGAUGUGUCUCGUCACUUUGAGGAUACCAGCUAUGGCUACAAAGACUUCUCCAGGCACGGCAUGCACGUGCCCACCUUCCGAGCUCAGGAUUAUUCCUGGGAAGACCACGGCUAUUCCUUGGUUAACCGUCUUUACCCAGAUGUGGGACAGCUCCUCGAUGAGAAGUUUCACAUUGCCUAUAAUCUGACUUACAACACAAUGGCCAUGCACAAAGACGUGGAUACCUCAAUGCUAAGACGAGCGAUCUGGAACUAUAUUCAUUGUAUGUUUGGAAUAAGAUACGAUGAUUAUGACUAUGGUGAAAUUAAUCAGUUGUUGGACCGCAGCUUUAAAGUUUAUAUCAAGACUGUGGUUUGCACUCCCGAAAAGACCACAAAAAGAAUGUACGAUAGCUUCUGGAGGCAGUUUGAACACUCUGAGAAGGGGCAAACGACCUUAUCACCUCUUCCUUUGCUAACAACCCCCUCCGCUCCACAGGUCCAUGUAAAUUUGCUUCUGGUAGAAGCUCGGAUGCAAGCCGAACUACUUUAUGCUCUGAGAGCUAUUACUCGCUAUAUGACCUGAUGCCUCCGGCUGCCUGGCGACGUUGGAAUGUUGUGCAGCUGCAGUGUGGCAGAGGAAGAUAUGAAGCCUCAGGACCAACGGUAGCUAUAAAUUAAGACGCCCAUUGUGCCAUAACUCCUUUAGUUUCAGCUAUUUCCGUGUUUGGAAUAUCGCUGCUGCCAGUAGGCAGUGAACGCUUGGCAGUUGAAAAGACAGGGUUGUGCAGAAGUGCUGCCUGAUCAUGGUAUUUUGGCUUUAGACAGCACGGGACACUCUAUGAACUUGUGGCAAUAUAGCAAAUGAUAGGCAUAUAGAUCUUCUAAGGCAAAUACGACAGGAGUUGGAGCGUGAAAAGAAGUGGGACUUGAUGACAUUUGCUUUCCCUACAAGAAUAAUCUUAGAAAACGUUGAUGCUGCUAUUUGUGCUGGUGGAGUGAACAGACCCAGGCUGUUCCAGUUAAGCUAAAAGUGAAAGUGAGCACUGCUAUUGUCUGAGCCUUUAUUGUGUGUGGUUUCAAAAAAAAGCCUCGUUACUUAGCUUUUUAAUCAGAACUCAACCUCUUCUGUCCACACUGAUGAUUUGAAAGAUAGCAGUCAAUUUUCUCAAAUAAUUUAGCCUUAAGAUGCUAGAGGACGUUUGUUCAGCAUUAUUUGGUGAGCUCCAAAGUGCAAUGGUCUUCCUAUGGAGAGGAGAGGACAUCGGUCCUCCGAGCUUUUUAGAGAUCUAACUACACGAAGUGUCGAGUAGCUUCUUGUCCUGUUUUUCAAGGGGGAACCGAUACCUGUUCAGGAGCUAGGACAAGGUGUGGGAAUGUUGUUCUAGACUGCCAAACAGUCCUACUGUAUUACAUGCCCAACGCUGGUCUUACUGAUUUUUUUGCAGUUGCUUAAAUAACUAGGCUAAAUACGAUCUAUUUUUAGUAAAUCAAAACAUGAUUAAAAAUGCUGACAUUUAAUAUACAGUGGUUUUGGAGAACACAUGAAUACUUUUGUAUGAGUGUGAAUCGCUUUUUAAAUUUGUCAGUAUUAUUGGUAUUUUUUAAAUAAAGGUAACAACUUUUUCUCUU